AUGUAUGACGAUAAAGUCGAUUCAUUCUCACUUCGAACCAGUAUCACCAAUUACUACUUCGAGAAUGGCCGACGCUACCAUGCCUACCAUGCCGGGGCGUAUUGGGGCCCAAAUGAUGAGAAAGCUAGUGAUCAUUUGGAUAUAGGCCACCAUGUGUACAGUCUCCUACUCCACGGAAAACUCUAUCUAGCGCCAAUCAUAGAGAAUCCCCAGCGAGUCUUGGAUGUCGGCACAGACAAACCACAGGCACUGGCAUAUGGGCAAUGUCUUGACUUUGCGGAUACACAUCCCUCGGCAUGUGUGAUCGGGACAGAUCUAUCUCCCAUCCAGCCGACCUCCGUUCCUCCAAAUCUCCAGUUCGAAAUCGACGACUGUGAGGAUGAGUGGUUGUACCAGGAAGACAGCUUUGAUAUGGUUCAUGUACGUGGUCUCUAUGGCUGCGUUACCGACUGGGAUAGGUUUUACGAACAGGCACUACGGCAUGUCAUGCAGCAUCUUAAGCCCGGAGGUUAUAUUGAACAAGUGGAGCAGGGCGUUGUUCCUAAAUCCGAUGACGGAUCCACAGACGGAACGAUAUUUGAAAAAUGGGGUCAGAUUUCCGUGGAGGCGGGCGAGGCAUUUGGCAAGACUCUUCUCAUCGGGGAUCUGGCCAGGACAAAGAUGAUAGAGGCCGGAUUUGUCGAUGUCGUAGAAGAACGCUUCAAAUGCCCAAUUGGCGCCUGGCCGAAGGACCCGCACUUAAAGGAACUGGGCCGCUACAAUUACCUUCAAUGGGAGGAGGGCAUUGAAGGGUGGACAAUGAUGCUGCUCACUAAGAUUCUCGGGUGGCAACGCAUCGAAGUUGAGGUAUACCUCGCCCAGAUGAGACAAGGACUACGGAACCGAAAUAUCCACGCAUAUCAAGAGAUUACGAUCGUCUACGGGCGAAAACCACUCCCCGGGGAGCCAUGA